GAAAUUAUAAAUAAAGAUAUGGUCAAAAGUCAAAAUAGCUGAGAUAUUUCCCUUUGCCGUGUAAACAAACCCUAUUUUUUAUUCAAACACCCAUGGGAAUCGCAUUUUAUUCUGCAUUUUAAACGUCUGUAAAGAAGCAUUUGGUUGUCUCCCCAAAAUUGUUGGUAACUUGGUAUAGAUGUUGUGGAGACUGGAGAUGGCUCUUUGGGCUAAGAAUGCAGAUUCAAGACAUGCAAGCAAGAAUCAAGACAAAAUUUCAGGUAUGGGAAUAUAUUCUCUUUCGUUUUAUUGUGUUUCUGUUGAUUUUUUUUAAGAGAGGAGAUGAAUUUUAUUUAUUUAUUUACUGUAACAGAAAAUAACGGGAAUAGCGCCCGUUAUUACCGCAGUUGGCCGUUACCUGUUAAAUUGCGGCCGCGAUCCAUCACUAUCGGUGUAACUCCACUUUACACCACUAUUUUUAGCAAUAGCGAUUUCGGAUGACGCUGCUACCGCUAUAUAACAGCUGCUAUACCGAUAUCGGAUUGCUAUUUAAAUCCCUGGUGGGACGUAUCAAUGGAAGUUUAAACUUGGCCAGGGCUAUUGGUGAUGCGGAGUUCAAACAGAAUAAAACUCUGCCAGCUGAAAAGCAGAUUGUAACAGCUAAUCCAGAAAUAAAUGCUGAGCACUUAUAUUGUACACUUAUUGCUGAAAACUUUGCAACGGCAUUGCCUCAAAUUUUGGUAGUACAAGGAUUUAGCUUACUUUUGGUUUGGAGUGGAAAGGACGUCAACGACAAAGUUAAAUGGCUUUCCUAAGGUCCAAAUAGAGUAGUAAAAAGAUAUACUGCCUUCCUCAUCAAUGGAUUCAGGUUUUAUACAAAAUCUCACGAAAGAUUGAGGAGGACUAAAAAAUGUGGAAUAGUUAUUAAUUAUUCAAUUAUAAGUUAUGUUAGUGCUAGGGACAAUAAUCCUGUUAAGGGAAAUGUGGAGUAUUAUAGAUUUCUUACUGACAUUAUUGAGUUGGAUUACUAUGGCAAAUGGAAGGUUGUCUUAUUUCGAUGUGAUUGGGCUGAUGUUAAUACUACUCGUAGAAUUAAAAAAGAUCAAUUUGGUUUUACAA